AGAGUUUCGGCCCAGAUUCAUCUGUACGAAGUUUCUGUGGGCGAGACACACAGGGCCAUGACGGACCGUUUCUAUCCCGUGGGCAUGGAGGCCGAGGCCGACAAUUGGAAGACCACCUACGAGGUGAUGAACGAAAUGCGGUCCUUUGCGCGUAGCCCGUACCCGCCAGGCACGGCCAUCCAUCAGCCGGGCUCCCGGGACCACUUCGGCUUCAGCGCCCCCGGGCCCAUCGCCAACAGGCUGGCCAAUGCUGACCUGUGCCUCACGGAAGACACCGACGUGGCCAACCCGCGGGAGCACAUGGCCAUCACCCGCAUUCAGGAGCCGGAUGAUCGCCGGGUCUUUGAGAAGUACGACGUGGACGAGAUGGUCAGGACCUACAACUCUCCGGUGGCCAAGGCAACGUUGUCCCCCACCAGCGGCAAGGGCAUGUCCCUCGCCAAGACCUUCUCGCUGCCCACCAUCUCCCGGCGGGCAGAGCCGCCGCCAAAGCUGUCCGAGCGCAACCCGGUGAUCCACAAGCUGGAGGAUGCGCACUUCUCGUACUUUGUGCCCAAGAACCUUCAGCGCGAGCACAGGGACCGCCUCAACACCUCGCAGCUCAGCAAGCUCAAGAAGGCGAACAUGAUCUCCUUCCCCUUCUCAGGUGAGGGCACGGGCUUCCGCAGUCAAGGCUCCUUGAACAAUUGGUUCCCCAGCGGAAGCUACGAGAACGUCCCCACCUCGUACCGGCUCCACUUCAGUCGGCCAGGCUUCUUCCGCGCCAACUCGCCAUACCUUCAGAAGUCGGCGUCCGGUCCGCUGGACCUGUCGGCGGCAAAUGCAGACCUCCACUAGGUGCGAGGCUGAACAGCUGAGAGCCUGUGAUUGUAGAGAUCCUGCAUGGCCGCUUUUUCCCCGGCCGGGGACCGGGCCCCUUAAAGCCACGACGUCGCAGCUUGUGC